AUGUCGAACCCAGCCAACACAGAGCUUUCAUACCUAAAGUCGCUCGUCAACGAGCUGAACGAAAAGAUUGCCGUGCUUGAGGGCAAGGCACCAGCGAACCAGGGCGUGCGCAUGGUGCUGGUGGGCCCGCCAGGUGCUGGCAAAGGCACACAGGCCCCAAAGAUCCUGGAGCGCUUCCAGAACAUGGUGUGCCACCUUGCGACAGGAGAUCUCUUGCGCCAGCAGGUUGCCAUGGGCACUGAUCUUGGAAAGCAAGCCAAGAAGAUCAUGGACCAGGGCGCACUGGUCAGUGACGAAAUCAUGGUCGGCAUGAUCAAGGACCAGCUCGAGACGAACCGUUCGUGCAAGAAAGGCUUUAUUCUCGAUGGAUUCCCGCGAACGACGCCCCAAGCUGAGAAGCUUGACCAGAUGCUCUCGGACCGGAAGCAGAAGCUUGACCAUGUGAUUGAACUGCAGAUCCCCGACGAGCUCCUCAUCAGCCGCAUCACGGGACGUCUCAUCCACCCAGGUAGCGGCCGCAGCUACCACAAGAUCUUUAGCCCGCCGAAGCAGCCCAUGAAGGACGACAUCACGGGCGAGCCGCUUGUUCAGCGCUCCGACGACAAUGAAGAAGCACUUCGUAAGCGUCUCGCCACGUACCACAAGCAGACGACGGCCGUGACGGACUACUACAAGAAGCAUGGCAUCUGGUCGCCCAUCGAUGCCACGCAGUCGCCGAACACCGUGUGGCAGUCAAUCAGUGCGAUCUUUAAUAAUGGCGCUAGUGCAUAA